AUGGCAAAGCUCCUCGACCUACCAACUGAGGUGCUUGCGAUGAUAGUCGACCUUCUGUUUGCAGAAUCGACGGUGGGACUCAAACGGGACUGGCAUUACCAGAGAGCGGCUAUCAACCCUUUCGGUCUGUUCCAUACAUGCUCAGCCUUGCACAACAGCAAGCUCUUGAAGCAUGUUGCAUGGAAGAGCGUUACCCUCAAAGUGGCACCAUACACGAUUAGGAGUCCUCGCAGCACGAGAUCGCGCUUUUUCAUGCCACUAGAAGAGGCAGCGUUGGUCAGAACGGUCGUCCUCGAUUCUGAAGUCCCGGUCAUUGUUAAGGAGGAGACGGACAAUCUGGCCAGCUAUUUUCCGUCUCUAACGAAGUUUAUCUUCCUACAUGGUGCACAACGCGGUGUUUCCUGGAUAGGAAGUGACUUGAAGCUGAAAGAGGCGUUUCACGCUUGCGUGGCGGCCGAGACUGGCAUUCAAGUGUGCCCGUUGGAGCUGAUAUACAAGAGCUUUAGACAAGACUCUGCUUUCGGUGAAGUUUGGGGCCACGAUCACUUUUUUGAGAAAGACUUCAUCGCUGUAUUCGACUUCUUUCCACGUUUGGUGAGAGCAGAUUGGACUUGCGGCUGCCGAGCACCUGUGGAUUCCCAAGAUGAUUGCCAAUACAUGCAAAAUAUGUCGCUUGAAACCCAUCACGCUUACUUUCACUUGAGCUUGAUCUUCAUUCAUGCCAGCCACGAAGAUUUCUCACUGUGGCAGAGCAAAAUGUCCACUUCCCGGAUCGGACUGAGCUGGCCAGACCGUCGCGGUUGGACUAGGUUCUUGGCUGUCGAGACCUUGCCUCUAGAGACUCACGAGCACAACGCCAGAUAUCUGGAGAGGGAAGUGGUGUUCAGGCUGUACAGCAGAAGCAGAUCGUCAGACCGUUCUGGUAAUUCGAGAGCAGACUCCUUGGUGUCGAAAACUCAAACAAAUGCGCUUUGCGAUAUGAAGGCGGAAAACGGUGCUCUGAGAUAUCGAACCCGACGUUGACAUGCUACGAAAUGGCAUAUGAUAAGAGCCGCCAGCAAAGAUGUCAAUGUCCCCAGCAGGGGUAUCAGGGACCAUGCAAGGAAGGAUUGAUUCUUGAGCUUGGGCAGCGAGUUGUGGACAGCAGGCUACAGCAGGACCCUAAAGAGUAGGCCUGGAUUCGCGCAAGUGCGAGAAACAUGCUUGCCGGAGAAUUCACAAACGGUUGAGAAAGACGAGCGCCGAGCG